AUGAAGAUCACAGAUCGUAUCACCUACCCAUCACCUAGGCUUGCCUUCAGUGCAAUAAAGGUUCCGUGGACUGUCACCAAGACUGUGGGAGAGUAUUACACUACGGGCACCAUCUACACGAAGACAGAUCCCGAGUUCGAGAACUCUGUUGUCAAGAACGUCACUGUGGCCGUGUUGGCCAGUCUAGCCGUGGCUGCCUCGGUCUCAGACGCUAAGCUCAUGCCUUACCCAAUGUACUCGAUGUUCAAGAGUCAGAAGGGAAAGGGCGCUGCAAAAGAUAUGCCAGGGUUUGGGGAGACUGUCGAUGGAGACAAGGAAUUUUUGUGGGUGGUGAAGCCUUCGAAGGCGAAAUACGCCAUCUUGUACCUCCACGGCGGCGGCUACAGCUUUCCCUUGGCCCCUGCGCAGCUUAUAGGCAUGAUGGGUGUGUGGUGGGCACUUUCGCCAGAUAAAAGAGAAAACCUUGCAAUCGCCGUCCUUGACUACCACCUCACAACGUAUCGCCACUACUACCCAACCCAGAUCUUUGAGACCAUCGAAGCGUACAGAAAACUUACCGCUCAAGGGUAUGAGGUGAUUCUCUUGGGAGACUCUUGCGGCACCAAUUUGGCGCUUGCGGCAGCACGGUUUGCAGCUUACCCCGAGGAAGCAAAGAAUCAUUUUUCCGAGUACACGCAGUUCAAUUGGGACUUUCUGCCUCUCCAGCCAGUGAAGUACCUUAUCUUACUUGCUCCAUGGAUCCUGCCCACUUGCGCAGCGAAACCUUACCCUGGAGUCAACCACAAGGGAGAAUUUGUCGCCUUGUCCAUCAAUGAAAAGGGCUGGGAUUACAUCAAGAACCUGGACAGAGCAAAGGUGACACCGUUUGUGGAAUUCAACAGCACAAACUACAAGGACCAUUGGGCAGAGGUGCCUGCGUUCAACGGAAAAGGAUCGGUUCUCUACAUUUACGGAGAAAGAGAGUAUUUCAGAGAAAGUCAGGAAAGCUUUGCGAAAGAAGUUGGCCACAACAACUUCACGUCCCUUAUGCAACCGGGAGGUAUUCAUGACUGCUUGUUUGUGGCAGAGGUGCUUGACUUGAAGUCCUCAAAGGGCCAGCGGCGAAUGAUUGCAGGAGAGCACCGGAAGAAGUACAACUUUGGUGCCAUAGCUGAUUAUUUAGAAGACAUUUUGCCGUGA